AACAACAAGUUACAUCUCUUCGAGAAAUCAACAAAGAAAGAGUUUCCUCCUCGCGACUACCUGAAACCUCUUUCCGCAGUAGUGCGUUGCGCAAUAUCUGUCUCUCACGCGCGAAUCCAGCUUCAGCUAUAUCCUUGAUAUUCUCUCGUGCAAAAAGAAGAAGAAAAAAUACUCUCGUAGCACAACAAAAUAAUUUCAUUCGGACAGAGCUGUGUAUGGUGUAGAGCGGAUAUAUGUAUUCACCUCCGACAAGGUCGAUCCCUCGAAACAAAGUUCGUGCACCGAAAUUUCGCUUCAGUCAGUCCACGACUAUCAUUCGCGCGCGUUGACGCGAGAAAUUUGAAUUGGACGCUCGCGAGUGUGAUCGAAAUUGUAAUAGGUGCAUGUGAGCGAAGCGCGAAUGAUGAGGGAAUUGUUCAUGUGCUCGGUUUUACUGUUGAGCGGGUUGGUCGGAUGUGGAUCGUCUGGACAGGCGCAGGGGUUUAAUUUUUUGGAUUAUAUCUCGCCGUUGAGCAUCAAGAGAGAGAAGAGUCUGAGGAGGUCUGAUGGGCUGGAGAAGAUCCCUGUGCUUGAUUUUAUCGGCCUAGUAAAACGUCACGGUUAUUCGGCCGAGGAACACAAAGUGACCACUUUGGACGGUUACCGAUUACGACUCCACCGGAUUCCGGGAAGUCGAAAGUCACCACCUGCACCAGGAAAACCGGUAGUCUUUCUGCAACACGGAAUAUUUGCCUCGUCCGAUCAAUUCGUCAUCGCUGGACCUGAGCGAGACUUGGCGUUCAUCUUGGCAGACGCCGGCUACGAUGUCUGGUUGGGCAACAUACGGGGAAACACCUAUUCCCGAUCGCACGUUCAGCUAUCUCCCGAUCGUGAUCCCGAAUUCUGGCAAUUUAGCAUGCACGAGAUGGGUUUGUACGACGCGAGCGCCGCAAUCGACCAUAUUUUGCAGCGAACCGGUCAGCAAUCGAUCAUCUAUAUCGGCCACUCGAUGGGUACCAGUAUAGGACUGAUUCUGUUAUCCUGUAAGCCCGAGUAUAAUGAUAAGAUUCGAUUGGUUAUCAACAUGGCGAGUAUUGGAUACUGGAAACGGCCUAGGAAUUUCAUAAAGCUUCUCAGGGAUAAUGGAGAAGUUUUGCAGAGGAUUCUUCUGGCAGCACGAAUCACGGAAGUGUUUCCGCAGACUCUGGCAAACGGCGAGAUUUUAAACGGCACAUGUCGACCCGGCAGUCCCUUUCAGCAUCUAUGUAUGAACUUUAUCCAGUACGUCAGUGGCUACAGUCCCGAUCUUUUCGAUACCAGACUAGUCGCAGAAUCGUUCUCGUACUUUCCGGCAGGAGGAUCGACGCAAACUCUGCUACAUUUUUACCAGAAUAUAAAGGCAGGAAAGAUGCAGAUGUACGAUCACGGUCUGGUCGGUAACUUUGCGCGCUAUAAUCAGAGGACUCCACCUGUUUAUAAUCUGGAGAAUAUUGUCACUCCUGUCGUCCUGAUCUACGGACAAAGCGACGCAGUUGCUACACCAGAGGACAGUUUGGAUCUCUUAAAUCGACUGAGGUACGCGAGAGCCGAAAGCGUACCAUACGAUAACUUUAAUCACUUGGACUUUAUCUGGGGGAAGGACAUCAAGAAGCUGCUACAAAAUCGAAUUAUGCAGAUUAUCGAAAACUCUAUGCGACAUGGAAGCUUUAGCGUGCUGUAGAUAUAAUAUUUGCGUAGAUUUUAAUUUAAUUUUAAGUUAAGUUAUCGUGGCCCAAAAGACUGCUCUAGAUAAACGUUGUAUGAAAAAUACAAUAAAACUGUAGAUUUAAGAUCUGUGUUCUUUAUUAUUGGUAAAUAACAGUUACGAAAAUGCAGUCAUUGGAUUAUGCGAUGCAAUAAUCAUGUUAUCGAAAUCUCAUGCGCGUAAAAAGCACGAUCAAGGCUCACGAUUCAAUUGGUCGAUUACAACGUGCUUUAUUAUGCAAAAACACUACGCGACAGAACCUUUCAACGACGAAUGUCUCAGUUUUAUUUAAACCGUCGUCUCUACACCACAUGUCUAGACGAACAAAAAAUAAAAGACUGUGCUAACAGUGAAA